UUGGUUUGAUUCGUUUCUAUCGAUUAUUAAUAUUCACAACACGCAAGAGUAUAAUUAGAAUAUUCCCAAUCGGAUAGAAAAGGAGAUUGCAUUGGUUCUCAUACUAUAUAGUAGUUAUGAGCCAACCUGAAUAUGACCGGUCGGCUUAUUGCUUCAUGAGUUGUAAUACAACCACUAUAAAGUGUUUAGCUACAAUAACUUGUAAAGUACGAAGCUUAUAUACUUGUAAGUGUUGUACAACUAUGUGGUACGGUGGAAAUCCCACCAUCAAACACAACAAAUGGCUUUACCUUUUGCAAACUACUUGUUGGUACUUGUAUGUGAAAAGGAAUGGAACUUACAGAAGAUCAUGUAGUUGUGCUUCAACUCAAGAUGAGAAAAGAGAACAAGCAAGUGUUUCUUUAUUCGUUGAUAAGCCAAAUGCAGACUCUUCUCCAAGGAAAACCUCCAUUCAGCAAGACAUAAGGGAAUGGACUAGUGUGAACGAUCCUACGAGUGUCAGUGCUCAAGAUAUAUCCUUUUAUGAACGACAAAGAGUAUUUCAACGCAGAAAGAGAAAGCUCUUGAGGGACUCUUUUGCAGAAUGCGGUAGAAUUACUUCCCACUUUGCCAAAACUUUUUAUAUCGGUACACUUUUUAUGCAACCGCAAAAACAAGAAGCAGUAUGGGCUAUCUAUGUCUGGUGCCGAAGAACAGAUGACUUGGUGGAUGGUCCUCGAGCCUCUCAGAGAAAGAAUCAACUGGAAAGUAUUCUUGGAGAGUGGAAGAAUCGAUUGGAAACUGUUUUCUCUGGAAGGCCUUAUGAUGUAUUAGAUUUGGCACUCUAUGAAAGCAAGUUGAGGUUCCCCCGAUUGCGUAUGGAACCUUUUUAUGAAAUGAUCAACGGUAUGCAAAUGGAUGUUGAACGUGAUAGAUAUGAUACUUUUGAAGAGUUGUAUUUGUAUUGUUAUCGAGUGGCUGGAACCGUUGGAAUCAUGACGUUGGCAGUGAUGGGAGUUGCUGAUCCCAAUCCAGAAACUUAUUAUGCUGCUGAGGAAGCUGCUGUUUGUCUCGGUAUUGCAUUUCAGUUGACUAAUAUACUCAGAGAUGUUGGAGAAGAUUGUCUUCGGGGUAGAAUUUAUAUUCCUCGAGAGGACUUGAUAAGAUUUGACUAUUCGGAACACGAUAUGAUGGCUGGGAUAGUGGAUGAACGUUAUAAGAAUUUGAUGCGUUUUGAAAUGGAAAGGGCGAGACAAUACUUUUCUAAAGCAGAAAAUGGGAUUUCUUUGUUAAGUCCUGAUGUAAGACUUCCAGUUCGAGCUUCUUUGGAUAUGUAUAGAAGAAUAUUGGAUGUUAUUGAAGAGAAUGGUUAUGAUAAUUUUCAUCGUCGUGCAUAUGUAGGAAAAUGGAAGAAACUAAGUAUGCUUCCUAUGUCUUGGAUACUUUGUCAAGAAGGAAUAUUUUGGAAUAGUUGCAAAGCAUUGUUCCGCUCUUCAUGAAAGAGAACCAAGUGUUGGUGUGUUGUG